CUAUUAUAUCCCAACUGACGUCACAUUAUCGCUACACCGGGGUUGAGGAGUGGGUGACGAGGAGCGAUCACCACCACCAGGAAAAAUUACCAGGACCGAUAAAGUGCACGGACAGUUACAUUGAUUUUAUUUUUAGAUUUUUUUUUAUUUUGGACUGUCAGUAAGCUCUCUUCGAAACUCGGCUUUGUGACGCCGAGGUCUUCCUGAGGAGAUUUGGUGAAUGCAAUUAAGGUCUUCUGUCAGUUCGAGCUGCUUGGUUUUUAGUUAGUUGGUUGCAAUUCCAGGGAUGGCUCGCUGAGCUAACCUAGUAAGCUAACAGUUAGCCUACCCUGGUCACUGGAUCCAUCCGUGUGGGAAAGAUAGCUGUUCAGCGCGUUCUGUCAUUCGGAUUAUUCCAAGCUUUUCGUUCGUCGACGACUUGAGACAGUUAUCCAGGGUAUCUGGAUGGGCAGUUUGACGAGAGCUCAUUGUAUCUGCGCGGGCGUAACUUCCAGUGAAGGUUUCUGGGCGGCUAGGCUUGUACUCGGCCGGGCGGCCAGCAGAGGGAUUGUACAAAUGUGGCCGUGUCAGCCUGUUGUGUCCCACUGUUUCUGGGGCCGAAGUUGGUAGUUGGUUCAUUUUUACCCCACCAGGCAUAUACACAAAGGCAUUAAAAAGUGUUGGCACACUGAAAAUUAAUCAACUUGCGUUAGCUUGGCCGGAAUGUUAGCAGCAGCUAGCUUUUAGGCUAGCCAAUGAGUUAACGUAUUGAAACUGGUAUGAGCUCACAUGGAAAAUGCAUCAAAUUAAAUGCUCAUUUGCAUCAUUGGAAAUUAUAUAAGGUGUGUGUGGACAUAGCAGUUUUUUUCAGGGUUCAAUGUCCCUGUAGCCUCAGCGAUAGUUUACGAUUAAAACUAACGUAAAGCUCUAAAAUAUUUAACACUUGACAGCAGUUAAUCAACAGGGGAGGCCAGAUUCUGCAGCGAGACUAGAAAGGCCGACAAUCAGUGUCGAGAUAUAACUUGUUGAAAACGGUUUCUUGCGUAGAGGGAGAAUAUUAUUUUUUUUUAUAUACUUUGUGAGGUGUAGCCCGGCACCCCUUGUUAAACGGGCUUUUCUCAGCUAAUGCAGUGAUGACUUUGGACUCCAUGAUGGCUUGUUGCCUGAGCGAGGAGGCGAAGGAGUCCAAACGAAUCAACGCCGAGAUCGAGAAACAACUCCGACGAGACAAGAGAGAUGCAAGAAGGGAGCUGAAGCUGCUUCUCUUGGGUACUGGAGAAAGUGGCAAGAGCACUUUCAUCAAGCAGAUGAGAAUAAUCCAUGGGUCCGGCUACACGGAUGAGGAUAAGAAGGGCUUUACUAAACUGGUUUACCAGAACAUCUUCACCUCAAUGCAGGCCAUGAUCCGCGCUACUGAGACUCUCAAAAUACCCUUUAAGUAUGAGCAGAACAAGAAUAAUGCCCAGCUGGUGCGGGAGGUGGAUGUGGAAAAGGUGUCAUCAUUCGAGCAGCCGUACAUUAAUGCGAUAAAGAUGCUGUGGGCUGACCCUGGCAUCCAGGAGGCAUACGAUCGUAGGAGAGAGUACCAGCUCUCCGACUCAACCAAAUAUUACCUUAAUAGUUUAGAACGCAUAGCUUCACCAGGGUACGUGCCCACUCAGCAGGACGUGCUGCGGGUCCGAGUGCCCACCACAGGCAUCAUUGAGUACCCAUUUGACCUGGAGAAUGUUAUCUUCAGGAUGGUGGAUGUAGGGGGUCAGAGGUCAGAAAGGAGGAAGUGGAUCCACUGCUUUGAGAACGUCACCUCCAUAAUGUUUCUGGUGGCCCUCAGCGAGUACGACCAGGUCCUAGUGGAAUCGGACAAUGAGAAUCGUAUGGAGGAGAGUAAAGCUUUGUUCAGGACCAUCAUCACAUAUCCAUGGUUCCAAAACUCCUCUGUGAUCCUGUUCCUCAACAAGAAAGACCUGCUGGAGGAGAAAAUCAUGUAUUCUCACCUGGUUGACUAUUUUCCAGAGUUUGAUGGUCCCCAGCGGGAUGCUCAGGCAGGUCGGGAGUUCAUCCUGAAGAUGUUUGUAGACUUGAAUCCAGACAGUGACAAGAUAAUCUACUCGCAUUUCACCUGUGCCACCGACACAGAGAACAUUCGCUUUGUCUUCGCUGCCGUCAAAGACACCAUCCUGCAGCUUAACCUCAAAGAGUACAACCUGGUGUGAUGGAGAGAGCAAGCCAAACACCGACAACCACACGACCAGACGAGCAUUGCUUCAUACUUUACCAGACCAACACUAUCCAUCUUCUACCACUUCUGUCCACGCACUUCCUCGUUUGUUGGUUUGCUCAAGUUUUAAUGAAUGGUUAUCUGUUUUGUGUUAUUACUAACUUCUCCCCAUGGAUCACAUUUUAAAUCUAACACUGAUCUGUCCUCCUGUUUUUGGAGGCUUUGUUUGGCUCCAGUGCUCCUCGUACUCCUGUUUUGGCCCAUGGUGUGGCUCUGUUCUACACUACAUUAUCACUUGUGCUUGUGUGUUUAAGGUGGGUAGAGGGCCUUCUUUGGGUAGACCAAGAUUUUAUGGACAAAGGGCUCUCUCUCGUACCUAUGUGACCCCUGCAUGCUCAACACUACCGUAUGAGGUGAGGCCGGGCUGCAGACCCCUGGACUCCGCUCACCUGCAAAAUGUAACUAAUUAGGAAGAUGUAUGCCCAAUGCUGGAGUACAGUGAGGUACUCGGUUCCCCUGGGACUUGAAUUGUGUAUGUCUUUUUUGUUAUGUUUUCUUUUUAAUUAAUCCUGCCCCAGAUCAGAGCACAGAAGCUCUACUGAAUGUAAAUAAAGUUUUAAUGCUGCCCACACAGAGUGAGGGCUUUACAGAGACGAUUUAAUAUUCUCUGUUCACUUUAGAUAUUUUCAGCAACUUCAUGGUUAUAUUAUUAAUACUAUUGUUUGUUUGUUAAAGCUGAAGAUGACUACUCAAAGGAGUGCAAAGGAAGCAUCACAUUUUUUUUGUUGUCUUGAACUGCCCCUCAUUUUAAAAUGUUAGCAUGCAUUUUUUUUUAAUACAAAAAUUGAUAUUACACUAGCAGUAUUUAUACUGUUCAUCAGUGUAUCAUAUUGCCAAAUUUAAGUCACCGGUGUUUAUUUUUUUCUGUAAAUACCGUUCUGUUGCCAGUAUCAUGUUCAUCCUUGAAGUGGUUCAGAUAUUAAGAAAAAAAUAUUUGGGAAUUGGUAUCGUCAAAUUUAGUGAAACGUUCGUCAUGUUGGAUCAUUCAGAUGUUGACUUAAUUCACUUUGCGUGGCAUUUCUACAUGUCAUAGAUGUCUGAAUCACACAUGUGAUAGUACUGUGAUUUUUUUUUUUUUCUUUCUUCAAAAUAAAUUUUCCCGUGCAUAACAUGGUAGACCGCUGUACCUAAAAUGAAACUUAUUACGCUGGCAGUUUCAGCUUCAGUCGCAAGUUGGUCAUGAUCAUUCAUAUGGCUUUUCUUUGCAGUCGCCUUUAUUUCAUAUUAUCAGCCAACAUUUAGUAAUUAAUCAGAUUAAGAGCAAAGCGGUCCUUUCUUUUUUAAUGUCUCUUUUAUCAGUCAGAUUUACUUCCUCCCUCGUGUCAGCUCAGUUUUUCAGAUCUCUGUGAUGGGAGGAGAUUUUGUACUGCUGUAAAAUAUCAAAACUAUUUUAUGGACAAGUGUUCUAUCUUUCUAAUACUUCAUAUAUUUAGUUGUUGCAGUUGUUUCAAAGUGCUUGACAAAGGAAACAAGUUUCUGUUACAAGUUUGUGCUUUAUGCAAAUAGGAAAAAGAAAACUAAAAUACUUGGCAGUUAAAUAUUUACUGUUUAAGGAAGCUUGCGUUUUGGGAAAAUUUUAAGGAUAUGCAUUGGCUCUUAGCACCAAUCCCAUAUCGUGCGUCUUGCCUGAUAGCUGUCUAACUAUUUCAUUAGGCUGGUGGUUGAUAGAUUGCUAUUUUUUUUUUUUCACAAUGUAAUUCAGGUAAGUUUUCAUAAUUUCAUCACAAGGGCUACUCUUAGCAGCUUCAGUAGAAAUGAAAGGUCUCUGUGGAUGCCAUAGAGCUAAAGGUGCAAUUAAUUUCCAGGAAGGCUGCAAAGCGUAAGGGGGGGGGGGGGGGGGGGGGGGGGUGGUAUGUUGACAUUCUGUUUAGGAUGUUGGCUGCAGAUUCAGUGAGGGAUGGAGGAAUGCAGCAGUCCACAGUGGCCAACGUGAUGUUCCUGUGGGAAGUGUGGUCACAGUUUGGCUCUUUGUUCACUUUCUUUUUGCCUUUAGAGGAGAAUGGUUGGCUAAUGUUAGAAGAUGGGUUUCCCCAAGGUGCAGAGGUACAUUUAUUGUUCUGGCUGUUGCUCUUCUGAUGAGCUGUGCCCUGAUGUUUUCCACUGUGUGUGUAUUGGCCUCUUCAUUGGUAGUGUUUCCUUGCUUGGCUGGGACAUUUUGACCUUUAGAUAUACAUUAUAAGAGCUGUCAUGCUUAAAUACACGAUUUCUUCCCAUCCCUCGGUACUUUCUGCUGUUUUUAGUCUUUUUUUUUUUUUUUCUUUGCUAAAUGGUUUACAUGGCAACAUUUCUACCGUGAGGCUUCAAGAUCAGCUCAGUUUUAGGGGAAUCUGCUGUGUAUUGUUCACCUUGAUUUCAGUUGCAUGUACAUAGUGAGAUCAACCUUCAUGCUUUGUAGUGCAGAUGUGCACAUUGUUGACAAAGCCAUGAUGUUUUCACUGUCUGCAUCCUGAAACAUUUAAUGAAGGUGGGACAUAUAUAUGUUUUGCAAAGUGCCACAUUGUUCUUGCGUUGACAUUAAAGAUGUUGCAGAGUUAUGAUCAUAUGUUUCCAGCAUGUUUUAUUGGUGCUUUAGCCAAAUUUAAAUGCCUUUUUUUGGGGAGGGGGGUUGAUCCUUGUGAUGCUUUUUUUACUUGUGAGUUAAUUUUGUGGCUGCUACAGUUGUGGAUAUUAAUGCAUACAUUAAUAAACUGAUAGAUUUUAGCUUUGUGUGGAAAGAACAGAUGCGUUGCACUGCAGGGACAAAAGGUAAUUUUUUUUCAAUACCCAGUGUGGCUUUCAUGAAGCACGUUCUACUCAAGAAUUAUGGCUGACCACUUAGUGGUACGUGUGGCCUCUUGCGCUUCAUUUUUUCCUCUUUCUUUUAUUUAUUUUUAUUUUUAUAGAUGUCUUGCAAAUAGACUUGGGGACCAGUGUUAGGAUGAGGCUGUUUUCACUUGAUGGUGAUUUUCAGUAAGUUUGAUCCUCCUCUUAACACAGAGCCAACAGCAAAAGUCACAUGGCUACACUACCAGCGAUGAGCGCCAUCAGCGGAGCAGGGUCAAGUUGUUUUGAAUCCUUUCCAUUGAUUUCCAUUGUACUUCCUUUACAUUUUGAAUGCAUUUUAAGUGGUGUUUAUACAGCUUAAUCCUGUGCUUCUGCGGAGAAGCUGUGUACCAACUUGACCCAGUACUCUGUGGUAGUUUCUUGCAACGUUUGAUAAAUGUGCUCAUAAUGAUUUUCCAAACAAAGCUUGCAGGAGAAACCUCAGUAUUAAUAUAUUUACAGAAAGACUUGCCAAGUAAAGGUACAGAACCAACCGUAUUUUGGUGAUUAGAAGAGCAAGUGAUGGGAGUGAAUGAAUAUGGUGUGUAUUCACUUCCACCAUUCUCCACUUUUUUUUUCCUUUAUUUGAUUGGAUGUUAGACUUGUGGGUUGACAGCACUGAAACUGCACCACUGUAUGGGCCUGCAUUCGUGCAACGUAGAUGUCCAUUCAAGUGUUGUUGGUACUCUAUUUGUACACUAUUGCUCAAGCUUGAGAUCCGCUCUAGUUAUAGGGAUGGACAUAUGGUGAUUAUAAUUAAAAGCUAACUUUGCUUCUUGUUUGGUUUCCUUUUGUCAGGUUGACACACCUUAACACAUGUAUUUAGGACCACUUAAGAUGACACUUUUUUCUUUUCUUUUUUUAAGGAGUUAAACAUUGUCUAGUGGUGUACAAACUGAAAGUAAUGUACGUUUUUUUUUUCUUUUUUAUUAUUCAAAGUAUACCAAAUGUAAAUUCUGUACAUGAGUGUGCCAAUCCCCUUUCUUUGUAAAACCAGACUUAACAAGUGCCAAUGUUGUGAAAAAUCAGAGGAUCAGUGAAUUCCAUGGUCCACUUUUUAAAACAAACACUAAGUAUGUGAUUAAAUAACAGAAAAAAGGACAAUUUUAUUCUAUAUUUAAGAUUAAUGAUGAACUGCUGUUUUUAAGAUAAGUGUCAUUUUAAUUGCAUGUGUUUGUCAGGUUGGGGGAGGGAGUGGGUGGGUGUGUGAGAUACUCUAUUCAUGCAACGCCCUCAAGAGGGGUCCUAAUGGUUAUUGAUUUACAGUAUUUUAGCCAUAUUUCUCUUUUUGUAUGUUUCAUUUCAACCACUGUUGCCUGAACCUCAUUCAAACAUGAAAAUGAUUUUUACAUAGCCUUCUCCUUUAAAUGUUUUAAAUUGGAAUAAAAUAUGUUCCUAUACUCU